AAGAGAGAAUCUCAUAGACCAUCAUCAGUCUGAGAUCUGACCUCAGGUACUGUUCGACACAAUGAGGUUUCUGAUCUCACUGUGUGUGUCGCUGCUGAUGAUUAAUGGUGGAAUAACCAAUGGACAAACAACAGAACCAACAACUGAUCCAUGCUAUGAUUAUAACACUCUUGAUGAAUCCUGGAGAGACAUACGGCAAAGCUCAAAUCAGUACUCUGGACAUGACGACACUGUUGUUGAAUGGAGCGGCUGGUAUCGGCUGUAUCUGAAUGGAGAAAGUGCCCAGAUGUCUGAGUGGUGUGUGAGUUAUGUGGGAUGUGGUGGAGAAACUGCACUGCAUCUCAACGGUUCUCAUCCAACACUUGAGGAUGGAGUGGUGACGCGUGAAGUCUUGGGGACUAAUUCAUGGUAUUGGUGGUAUUGGAGGUUAUCCAAUCAGUGUGGCGCCUACAAUUCCUCAUCCAUCCGAGUCAAAGCCUGUCCAGGAGAUUAUUACGUCUAUGAAUUUGUCAAACCCAACAUAUCAUCCCCCAAGCCUAUGUACUGUGCAGUUGCUUUCCAAAGCAUCAGCAGUGAUCCCUGCUACAACUAUGAGUCUCUGGAUCGUCCCUGGAGAGCCAACAAUGAAAGUGGAGGUGACAUUUGUGAUGAACUUUUCUCCUGGAAUGGCUGGUACCGGCUUUCCUACUAUGGAAUGGACAUCCGGAUGUCAGAGACCUGCGUUAGUUCAUACAGCUGUAAUACAAACUAUAAUCUGUGGCUCAGUGAUCCUCACCCUCAGAUAGAGGAUGGAGUGGUGAUCAGGGUGAUCUGUGGAGGGACUUCUUGGGGAAGCUGCUGUGAUUACAAGACAAACCCCAUCAGAGUGAAAGCGUGUCCAGGCAAUUACUAUGUCUAUGAACUUGUGAAUCCACAAUUUGAGUGUUCAGGAUACUGCACAGAUGUCAGCACUAUUUCACAGGCGGUUUCCACUGUGAGUCCAGAUAUAUUCACUGGAUCCACCAUCAACUUGAAUUAUGACCCGUGUAAUAACUACAACACACUCGACAACUACUGGAGAAACAUACUCAAUUACUGGUCUAUUUAUGAAUACAUAAUUGAUCAUGAUGACACUCGUGUAGAAUGGGACGGCUGGUAUCGGCUCUUCAUUAAUGGAUCAAGUGCUCAGAUGCCUGAGUGGUGUUUUAAAUAUAUGUCAUGUGGAGGUUAUAGUUCUCUGUAUCUUGGUGACUCUCAUCCUCGGCUAGAAGAUGGAGUUGUUACUCGUGAAGUUUACGGCUCCCGUGAUGAUCAGUGCAGUCGCUACAGAUCCGACCCAAUCCAAGUCAAAGCUUGUCCUGGAAAUUAUUAUGUCUACAAAUUUAUCAGACCAACUCUUUCAAUCCCAGUUCCUGUAUAUUGUGCAGUGCCUUUCUCCACCCCAAGUGUCGACCCCUGCUACAACUAUACCAGUCUGGAUGAGCCUUGGAGAUCCACAGACAACUAUUACUAUAAUAACUAUAACUACUAUGGCAUGUGUGAUUAUAAUGUGGAGUGGAAUGGCUGGUACAGGAUGUUCAACAAUGGUGAAAAUACUCAGAUGCCAGAAUCAUGUGUAAAUCAGUACACAUGUGGCACUUUUAAAGCACUGUCGCUCAACGGCUCGCACCCACAGCUGGAGGAUGGAGUGGUCACCCGUCAGGUCUGUGUCUCCUCAUGGGGUGACUGCUGUACUUACAAAUCCCAUCCUAUAAGAGUCAAAGCCUGUCCAGGAAAUUACUACGUUUAUGAGUUUGUCAAGCCAACGGUUUGUGGAGCUUACUGUGUUGAUGCCUCAAACCAGUCCAUCUCAUCAACAACAGAGACGAUCCCAUCCAUAGAAUCCAUUACUCCACCAAUCACAACCACUGAUGUGAGAGAUCGCUGUUCUGAACUCAGCUGCUCUGAGGAUGAAUGGUGUGGGAAGAAAAAUGGUGUUUAUGGCUGUUUAUGUCAAGAGGACAAUCACAGACCACAACCUGACUCGUUUGAUUUCUCAAAAACCUGUGAAAGCAGCUCUGGCUCCAUAUCUGUGUCUCGCUGUCAGCUCUUUGAGGCUGGUUUUCCAGCUGAUGUCUUACACCUCAAUGAUCCCGACUGCAAAGGAACGGUCCGGAACGGCCGAGUGGAAUUCCUCUUUGAUAAUGAUGAACACAUCUGUGGAACAAAUCUUGUGGCUAACGGCACCCACUUCAUCUAUGAAAACUUUAUUCUGGGGACAGCGAGAUCAGAAGGUCUCAUCAGCAGAGAGAAAAUCCUGAAGCUUUCUUUCAGCUGUACUUAUCCUCAAUCCCAAACAAUUUCCAUGAAUGUGGAAAUCAAUCCACUGGAGAGUAUUGUGCACAAGACUCUUCCCGCUGGUGAAGGCAGAUAUCUGGUCCGGAUGAUCCCAUAUGAGGAUGAUGAGUUUACCCGGCCCUUCACUGGUCGAGUGGAUGCAGAGCUCGACCAGGAGAUGCAUGUGGAAGUUCGUGUUGAGGGGGUCGACAGCCGCCAGUUCGCCCUGGUGAUGGACACGUGUUGGGCUACACCUGUGAAUGAUCCCGAUUACAGCCUCCGCUGGGAUCUCAUCCUUUCAGAGUGUCCGAAUCCAGAUGACGACACAGUGGAUCUGCUGCAGAACGGCGUCUCGACAUCCAGCCGUUUCUCAUUCAGGAUGAAUGUAUUUACUCCAAACUCCACUAGGCUUUAUCUGCACUGUGCUGUUCACCUUUGCCUUCUGUCAAGCAAUCGCUGCUCAACGGACUGUGGCUCUGGACACCAGCGGAGAGAGCGCAGGUCUCUGGACUUCCAUGACAGUGCUUCCAUAUCCAUGGGUCCUCUGGUGUUGUCUGAAGGGAACACAGAUAAGUGGGUCCCAGAACAAGUGAAGGUAUCUGAGGCUUCUUGUGUGUGUGUUUCUCUGAUGCUGAUACUUGUUCCUCUGAUGAGUGUCCUCACACACUUUUAGUUUAGUAAACACAACAAUUUACGUGCAGAUUGUCUAGAACUGAUGCUUGGUUGUGGGUUUCUAAACCAUGCACUUCAUGUGGACUAAUAAAGGAAUUAUUAUUUAAUCAUUUACAUUUAUUUCUGUAUAGUACAUUAAUUCUGUACAGUGUUAAUUUUGACAGCAAAAUUUGAUUUUAGUUUUAGUCUUUUGACUAAAAUGCCAUUUAGUUUUAGUCAUAUUUUAGUCAUCUGAAUUGUUUUAGUUUUAGUCUAGUUUUAGUCGACGAAAUUCAAUAUGAUUUUAGUCGACUAAAUCAACAGUAGUGUUAAUUUCGUUGACGAAAAUUAUUCGUUAACGACAUUUUUUCACAGACGAAAACGAGACGAUAACUAAAUAAAAACUUUUUUUUAACUAAUAAAAAAAAUUUUGAUGACAAAAACUAUGAUGAAAAUCUAUUGACAUUUUCGUCAACGAAUAAAAACUAGACGAAAAUGUUAGAUAGUGACGAUUUGGGAAGCGGUGCAGUCAGAAUUCAAAACUGAUGUCCUGCGUGUGUUGCGCACAUUUGUACUGUGACGUGCUGAUUUACACCGCGGUCUCAUAAACGUUCAAAAAUGUGAACGUCUGUGAGAAUGAGUAGAGCAGACAUAUAGAUAUGAAUAUUGAAUAGGAGUGACGAUGCAAAAAAGAGCUUUAUUCGGUACGGUUCUCCGUGCGCGCACACACCCGACCCGAAGCGCGCAGGUAUCCACACACACACACACACACAUAAAGUGCGCGAGGACUGAACUGGGCUCUCUUUCGUGUCUGAAUGGACAAAUAUACACCACAAUAAGUCUAAACGGCCGUUUUGGACAGUAUUCAUAUAAACUAUGUCGGUUAUGUCUUAAACAGUUGUGAGUGUAUCGGAUGUGCAUCAGUGCAAUUGGAUCCGCAUGUCAUUGGAAAUGAUCCGACGUCUUAUAGUGAUAGUGGCAAUAAACAUAAUGUGGUCUGUGUCCUUAAUAUUGAUCAAGCAACAAAAGAAAAAGAGAAAUAGCUUUAGUAUAAUAAGGAUUAAUUAUAUUUAAUUUAUACAAAUAAAUAUUUUUGCUUGAAAGGAUAAAGAAUGAUGUAUGCAAGUAGUUACAAUGAAUCCAUAUAUCAUUCAUUGAAAUGACUGUUGUACUUUAGGAAAAGUGGUUUUAUUUAGGCUAAUUUUAAGAUAUUUUUUAAGUCACAGUAGUUAAAUCCAUAUCUGUAUUGCAUGUUCAGACUUUUAAAUCAUUCAUAUUAACAUGUUAAUAGAUGUUUUCUUCAGGAGUAUAUGGGUUUGUACAUUUUAUUCUCUUCUAAAUUCUAAAUUAAUGCAUUACAGUUUAACUAAACCCAUUAUGUUUUAGUCGACUAUUAGCCUACUUGAGGGAAUGUGCUGCUGCUACAACAAAGAUUCCUUUUCUGUGGAGAUUUGUGAUAUUGUUAUUGUAGGCAACUAACUAAUGUGACUUUCUUUUCCUAAAAAUUGUGCUGUAAUUUUUUUAUUCCUUGUGUUUAAGGCGAGAAAAAGUUCUGAAUUAAAACGAGGAAAAAAAUAAAUACAUUUUAUGGUUAGC